AUGGAAGCUGCACAAAGAGCUAUAUGCACGCUCGGCCAGGGACAGGGUUUCGUGGAUGGCUUUUGGUGUCGCGAAAAUGGUGGCUCGAGAUUGCGCCAUACCAGAAUCGACUCAAUUCACACCUUCGUCAGAAAGCCCCCAACUGGUCGCGGGAAGUUACUAGGAACCCCCAAAUCAAUCUUCUCACUUCGUACCUUGAUGAAUCAUCCACUUAGGGUAUGUACUAAAUAUUGUUUUCGCGGCGUUUCCGAUGCUUCCGAAGUCGCAGUAGGGUAUGUCGGAAGCCCGCCGGGAGGAGAUGCUUGGAAGGGAAGGGAAGGUAACACAGAGCAAACUUACACAGUGGAGGUGUACGUUAUGCUCUCGUCCACUCAGCUUCCCCAUGUCCUCUCCUCCAUGAUCACUUACAACCCCGCCUUGUACGACCAGGGCAAAGCACUUUUGGAAACCAACAUUUCGGUUUGCUGA